UGCCCCCCGCUUGAUGCGUCGGGGAAGACCAAGGAUCGCACCCGACGGGCAUGCGAGCGCUGCCGCCAGAUGAAGAUCAAGUGUAACGGGGCCAUCCCGUGCGGCCACUGCCGGACCUCCUUCAACGACUGCGCCUACCCGGAGCCACGGCGCAAGCGGAAAGCCUCCCCGCAUUCCGACCGGCUGCACGACCUGGAGAAGAGGAUCAAGGCCAUGGAGGAGUCCCGCCACCCCAACAUGAUACCGAAAGACCGCCCACACCCAUCCUCCGAUUCCCCGAACCCCCCCAUUCCGCCGCAGUACGCGCCACCGGUCAUGCCCACCGCAGGCCUCACCGGGGCUUCCCACGAGCCCGAACCAACCAGUACCGAUCCCAUAGUCCAGGGUCGCCUCACGUACGGCGAAGCACGCUCGGGGGGCUCGGCUUCCGACCGUGCGUUCAUCGAGCGCCUGAAGGCGGAAUUGGGGGACUGGGCAACCGCGGAUUUUGACAGUCGGCUGCGGCUUCGGGAGAAACCAGGCGUGCAGCUGUUCCAGUCGAGGAGCCCAUCGGCGCAUACGGUAUCGCUGCCCCCUCGCGACCGCGCAGAGUACCUGAUCAACUUAGCCAUAGACGCCAGUGUGCUCUACCAUGUGCUCCACCAACCGACCUUCGACGCGACCUUCGAACUGUUGUACACGUUGGAUCGGAACGACUACGGAGAAGGGGAGAUGAGGCAUAUCCCGCUCGUCUACGCGCUCAUGGCCUUCGGCUGUCUUUUCGAGCACAUCGGCGAGGGCUCAUCGGAGACGGGAGACGAGUUGGCGGCUGAAAGUACUAAAUACUUUACCAUCUGUCGCGAUCUCGUGGAUCUGCAGAAUUGCAGUGACCCAGUCACUCUCCAAGCCAUCUUUUAUAUGAACCUCUUCAUUUUGAGCACGGAAAGACUCUCUCCGAGUUACACCUGUCUCUCCCACGCGUUCUCGCUGGCGGUGCGCCUCAACCUCCAGCGCCCUAGCGUGCGGGAGAUUCCCAUCAUGGUGGAGGUUAAAAGACGGCUAUUCUGGUGUCUCCGACAGCUGUUGACCUUUGUGGCGACGAUGGGUGGAUACCCGCGGCCAAUCGAUGGCCGCGAGAUCGACGUCGAACACCCCCUGGAUAUUGAUGACUCGAUAGCCACGAAGGCACACGGAAGUCCCAUCCCAUUGAGAACCAUGUCGGGAUCUGUUGCUCUGCUGAAGCUUUAUUGUAUAUUUGAUCGUAUUGCUCAACAGCUCUAUCCUCCUCCAAGUGCGAGGAGAGCAAAAGACAGCAAUGGGUUCGUGAAACAAUUGGUAUCCAAGGACACCGUUGCGUGCCUCGAACUGGAGUUGCAGGACUGGGCCGCGUCACUGCCCCUUGGUUGCAGGCUUGGGAACAGCAGACACGCCGCCCACCAGGAAAAGGCGAAGUACGAGCUUAGCAUGUCCUACGAACACGCUCAGGUUGUUCUCUAUCGUUCCUUUCUGCACUACUACACCGAAGACCCGGACAAGAGCAGUCACAACGAAUUCCAAACAUAUGCAUCUAGAUGUGUCGAUGCCAGCCGCAGGCUGAUACACUUGGCGGAGGACAUGCAACGGGAUGGUCUCCUGUAUGGUGCUCACUGGAGGAUCGCGUACAUGAUUUGCACGGCCGCUUUAGCCAUGAUCUAUAUCAUCGUCGGCUUCAAGGAAUCGAACGCGGCAAGUAAUCUGAGGACUGAAAUCAACGCGACGAGAAGAAUGUUGAUGUCUCUCUGGCCGUACAGCACCCAUUCCCGUCGUCUUCACGUGGUCUUAAUGGUCUUGACCACCGCGUUCUCCAAAUCCGACCACGGCUCGCAGUCUCAAACGCCAAGCGACACGCCAGGAACGGCGCCCAGUAAUCACGAUAGAUCGUCGACCGCCCUAAUACCAGACAACACGUUCAGAGGAAACCCCCAAAGAAAGGAUGGCAUGGAUCGGAUCGCCGCGCAGACGGCCGCUCACGAUCCAGGUGUAAUGCAAGGCAACGUAGAAACGCGGACAACCGGGGCGUUCCCCAUGCUUCCCGGCACCCAGCAGAUUGCCCAUCUCGAGUCUGCGCUCACAAAUUCGGGCUAUGCGGCCCCCCAGCUCCCGCAAAGCAGUUCGGCUGGGAGUCUGCCCGCAACAGUACUGGAAAAUGGGAGAAAUAGAAUCGCUCAGCCACCCGAACAUACCAUGGAAGCACUUUCCGGGGCUACCCAUGAUUAUGGACUGCCGCCGCUGAUUUCAGAGACAGCGCAAUACCUUGAAGGACGGCCAUUCAAUCUUCACCAGGGGACGGAGAGCGACGGGUUUCUAUACCCACGGGAGCUGAGCGACUUUGACGGAAUGGCCGGCGAGUUGCUGAGCCUGGACUAUUUCUUUUAGAUGGCCCAGUGCCCUGUUGGACGCCGAACUUCACCAACUGGACAUGUCGGGAUGGGAAUAGCCGUAACACUUUUGUUGAAGGACUGGGAGCAGCACUUGAUCCGGCUGAACAGAGGAAAUGGGAGCCCUGGGCCGAGAAACCGGCCACUAACGCCAAAACCGGGCUGGCAGGUCCGAGAGCCGGCUGUCAGGGCCUCAAUUACGGACUUCGGCAAGGAACCCGAUACAACGUGGCAAACCAAUCCUGUGCCAUGAUAGAUGCUAGUCGAUUCAAUGUUGGAAGACACCGGUUGUUUGAUGUAGUGCAAGGCGGCCUUUGCUUUACGAUGCCCGGCCCGGGCAUGCUCCUGGCACAGAUCGUGUCCAUAUAUUUAUGGCCAGGGGUACUCAGUUUCUUCACAUGGUUCUUCCCAUGAAUGGGCAACGCAACUGUCUCGUCUACGAGACCCUACCCUGACUACCUCUGCAUUGGUAUCUCAUAAAAU